AUGAUACAAGGAGACAUCGCUGUGAGAAGAAACCGGAAUGUCCUAAGCUGUCCAGGAAAAGCAUGUCUCUGGCCGAGAUCUGGAAAUGGUUUGGUCCACGUACCAUACAUCUUGUCUAACAAUUACACGUCUUUGGAAAGAGACAUCGUUCACGGUGCCAUGGAGGAGCUGAUGGAUCUCACGUGUAUACGGUUCGUGCUUCGCACAAAGGAACCCAGCUACCUGAGGAUUCGCCCCGUCGAUGGGUGCUGGUCGUAUAUCGGGCGGAUCGGAGGUACACAAGAUGUCUCCCUUAUGAAAACGGGAUGUCUGCACCGGGGAAUAAUACAGCAUGAAUUGCUGCACUCCCUGGGAUUCCAACAUGAGCAGUGUCGCAGUGACCGAGACAAGUAUAUCCGCAUUAACUGGAACAACAUAAGCCAAGACAAAGAGCGCAAUUUCUACAAAAUGAGCACUCAGAAUCUAGGAAUCCCCUACGAUUACCAGUCGGUUCUUCACUAUGGCAAAUACGCCUUCGCCAACGACGCAGGGAAACCCACUCUAGAACCCAAAGGAAAUCCGAGCGCCCUGAUUGGCCAGCGCAUUGGACUGAGCUCUCUGGAUGUGAUGAAGAUCAACAAGCUCUACCAAUGCAAUGUUUGCCGCUAUCUGCUGGCAGAACCUCACGGUGGUUUUUCGUGGCAGGGCAGUCAGCAUCCAAACACCUCCUCCUGCGUGUGGUUGAUCCGCGUUCCGGAGGGCAAGGUUUUACUGCACUUUGAAACGUUCAACGUCAAGUCUUCUCCAGCCUGUUCCCGAGGCUUCAUCGCGGUUACUAGCGGCCCAAGUAAGGAAGCCCCCAAAUUGCUCCCGAAAACCUGUGGAAAUCUCCAGCCGUUUACACUGAUGUCCUCCGGGGUCAUGAUGAGGGUGGAAUUCGCCAGCAGCGGAGCUGAGGUCAACUUUAAAGCCACGUAUAGCUCGGUAACAUGCGGGGGAUCUCUAUCAAACACAACCGGCAGCUUUUCCACCCCAGGAUUCCCUUCGAAAUACCCCAACUCCAUGGACUGCGUGUGGGCGCUCUCGGCUCCUCACGGGAACAGGAUAACGAUCCAUUUUGCUUCCUUUAACUUGGAAUCCUCACCCGGCUGCACCUAUGACUAUUUACUCAUCCGAGAUGGUCGGAAGCAGAAGAAAAAAUGUGGUUUGGUUCCUCAGCUCAAUAUCACAUCUUCUAGACAGUCUCUUCUCGUCCACUUUCACAGCGAUGCCUCGGUGCAGGCAGGCGGCUUCCACGCCACUUACGUAUUUGACUCGGCUUCUUAAAGGUCAAACGCCAGCCCUUUCGUGACCAGCGCCGUGUCCUGACGGUGAUCGUCUACGCGCCGCAUAUAGCAGGUGGACCUAAGAAACUUAAGACUGCGUAUUACAACAGGGUGCUUUAUUUAC